AUGCUGCCUCGACGUGAUCUGUCUGUAAAGCGAGGCUUUCCCUUAUGCUCGGCCCAGAUGCGCGGAGGGCGAAGACCUUUUCGCUGCACCUCCGGGCUAUUGCUCACGACUGACCCUUUUCUCACAACACCCACGGACACUGCAGUGACCUGGCCCACGAGUGCCCAGUGGCCCCAACCAGAGACAGGCGGGACCGCGCAGAGCUGGGAGACCUCAGGCGGUGAAACCUGCAUCUUGGCAUUGAGCGAGGCAGGGCUGGGGGGGGGGGGGGGGGGCGGAGCCUUCCUGGGACACGCGGGGCGGGGGCGGGGCCCCGCCUCCGCCCAGUGCACAGGCGCAGACGCUCCUGCUGGGGGAGAGGAUCGCAGUGCCCUCUGGGAGAUAGAGUCUGGGAACCGUGCGUCCCACCGCGCAGACUCCACUUCCCAUAAUGCUCACGCGACUCCGGUCCGUUUAGUUCCCAAGCGACGGAGCCCGCUGCCUUCUGGGAGUAGUAGUGCGGAGUCUCGGCGCGCGCAGUCGCAGUUGCCUCGCCACUGCCUGGUCGGGGGCUUGUUUCUGGUGGUCUUGGGCGGAGCUUGCACUUCUGAAGCCUCUUUCCGCCUCCAGCGUAGAAGCAUUGAGAAGGAGGACGGAAUGACUUCUGGGCCGCUGGGUGCCGGGUUCCAGGAAUCAAUAACCUUACGGGAUGUGGCCGUGGACUUCACCCCAGAGGAGUGGAGAUGCCUGGGCCCCGCACAGAGGGCCCUGCACAAGAAUGUCAUGCUGGAGAACUUGGAGAACCUCAUUUCUUUGGGGCUUCCUGUUUCCACACUGGAAGUGAUCUCCCUGUUGGAGAGAGGAGGAGCACCAGGGAUGCCCAAGGCGGUGGACCGCAGAAGGUUUUGGCCAGAUUCCAUUAGUCAGGAAACUAGAUAUGAAACCAAGGACUCAACUCUGACUCAGGGCAUUUGCAUGGGAUCAGCCAAGGAAAGAGGACUGAAGCUGGACUCUGGCCUCCCGAAAUGGAAGAACCUGGGGAAGGUGAUGUCAGGUUACAGAAAUGGAAGGGUAAUCAAGAGAGAGAACCCAGUCAAGUAGCAAAGAAUUACAGAUCAUCUUUUAA